AUGGCCACCGAUAUCUCAGCGGCCCCCGAACCCCCCGCGCCCAACGUCCAUGGCGAGCCCACCAUACAGUGGGAUGGCGAUAGAAUGUUCAACAUCUACAUCUACGACUACUGCGUCAAGCGCGGCUUCCGCAGGACGGCUCAUGAGCUCAUGAGCGAGGCUUCCAUCCCUCCCACAUCCCAGCCUCCAAUCAACGCGAAACAGGGCCUUCUCUUCGAGUGGUGGAGCGUCUUCUGGGUGCUCUUCACCGCCAAGAGCAGCGGCCAAGGACCUGACGACGCGCUACUGUACACUCAGCAUCAAACUGCUCUCCAAAAUGCCUCCGCGAAGCCGCAGAACCGUCCACCCCCUCCUCCUGGGCAACCGCAACAGGGCAGAUACUACGCGCCGCCCAACACCGGCCGCCCACCGCUCGCGAACGGGCCCCAACCAAAUGGUAUCGCGCCCCCGCCUCCGCAAGCAGGUGGUUCACUGCCUAACGGCGCUCAGAAUCCGGACGCCUUCCACGGAGGCGUCCCCCAGCCAAAUGGGGUGCCCGGCUCGUCCGCCGGUCCCCCGGGCUCACUCCCGCCAGGUCAGAACAUGCAGCCCGUCCACCCGAACCAUCGCCCGCCGCAACAGCAGCCUCGCCAAACGAACGGCGCCCCUUACCCGUCCCCGACGAUGGCCAACUCGCCAGCGCACCCACCGGGUGGCCCCCAUCCUACCCCCGUCGGGAACAUGGGCGGGGUCGGAAACAACCAACCGUUGACGCAGAUGGCCCCAAGGAUGCACCCGCCCAACGGCCCACCCGGACAUAUGGGAGGCCCGCAGCAGAACGCGCAGCCCGGAUUCUCCACUCUCGGUCGCUCACCCAGUAACCCGGCCUCACCAGCAGGCAAUGCUCUGACCGGUCAAAGCCCGUCGAUGAUGCAUCGCGUGCCUCCCGGACAGCCUAUGCAGGCCAACCCGAUGAUGCUCGAAGGCGAGCUGCGGCGAAUUCCCCCGCAAGUUCUUACAGCAAUCAAGAUCGAAGCAGGUCUGGGGGAGAAGGAUUUUUCGACGAUGAGUGUAGAAGAGAAGGUGCGUGUGCCGUCAUCUCUGCGGUUGCCCUUUGCUGACUUGCGACGGCAGCAAAAUCUUCUUCAGCUGUACCGACGAAAGUCUGGUCAACAGCCUCCCCCUGGAGCUAUGCAACCGCCGCCCUCGGGCUUGCGGAAUAAUCACUUGCCUCCGGGUGCCCAGCAGCCUGGUCAACCGCCGAUGGGUCUUCAGCAGGGCUCGAACGCGCUUCCCCAACGAAGUGCGAAGCGGAGCAGUACGUCGCCCGGACAAGAGCUUCAACAGCCCGAACAAUUGCCGAAGAGCGAUUCCUCGCCACCAGACCGCAAACGCCCGCGACGAUCGCCCGCGGGCGGGGAGUCUUCGCAGCCCCCGUAUAUGCCUCAACAGGGCAUUGCCGGGCCCUCAGGCCCGAUGCAGCCUCCCAUGGCGCCAGGGCAGCAGCCCGGAGGCAUGCUGCGUCAGCCGAUGAAUAUUCACCCUCCUCCGAUGGCCUCGCUCACAGGGCCGAUGAUGAACCAGCACAUGGGUGGGCCACAGAUGAUGCAACCGAUGAACGCGGGGCCGGGGAUGAUGCAGCAGGGCCCGCCAGGAGCACCGCCGGGUGCGAUGCAGCACUACCGGCAGUCGAUGUUGAACGCGCACAAGCCGCAACACCUGCAGAAUAUGCCACCGGGCGGAGCCCCGUCGCCGUCUGCGGGUGGCCAGGAUGUAGGGCCGCCCGGGUCGCGCCCGCCGCCGCACGGCAAGCCAAUGGGCAUGAUGCCGCCACCGUCGCCUGCGAUGGCAGCAAAGGCUCCCGGAAUGCAGCCCAAGGUUGAGGACGGGUCUGGGCAAGUCGGUGCGUCCCCGCGGCAGAACGGCAUGGGUGGGCCAGGACCAGGACCCAGUGGACCUCCUGCCGGCCACGCGUCAACGCCUACGCCCGCGCCUCCCACUCCGAACGCGAGCGGGAUGGCGGCCCCGUCGCCAUCGGGGAUGAUGUCGACUCCGACGAUGGCCUCGCACCAGCCGCCACCGCCGCCUCCGUCAGCGGCAGGUCCCGGACCUGGGGGGCCUCCUGAUCAGCUCGAUCCGACGUUCAGCCUGGACUUUACGACGAUGCCGGACUUCGACCCCUCCAUAACCUUAUUCGGUACGGGCGAGAGCAUCAACUUCGAGCGCGACUUCGCGGCGUGGUUCGACCCCGAGAACGUGCAAUGA